AUGGAGACAUAUUUUGGUCACAUCAAAACACCUCAAGAUGCUCUUGUGAUAUUUGAAGCAUGCCGUCUCGGUCAACUACGCCGUAUACAACGACGACUUUCUGCUAAAGAAGGAUUGCAGAUAAAGUCUGGUGCUGUCUUUGCAUGGGAUGAAAGUGAAGCAGGCAUGCGACGAUGGACCGAUGGAAGAACGUGGUCACCUAGCCGUGUAUCAGGCAGCUUUUUAACGUAUCGUGAGCUUGCAACCAAACGACGUCCUAGGAGAACAAGCAAGACCACACCCAUUUACACAUACAAGACAAAUGGCCUUAUCAAGCAAAGCUUUUCCAUUUGUACAGCUGCCAAUCAAAAGCUGCACCUCAUCUCAUAUUACAACAAGGCUGAUGUGGUGGCAGGUCGCCUGACACAGCCUACUGCUGACUGUGCGCUGAGCAAUAUUGUCGUACCCAGGGGUGUUUAUCCUGACUUGAAUCCCCUUGAUACAGGUGGAGGCCAUUCAGCUACGGUCCGUAAUAUCAGGCGUCCUUCUUCAGUACCAUCACUUACGCUUUCACCUGUAUCUUCGGAUGAAGAGCCUACAGGAGGUGAGCUUGGAUCUCCAGUCUUUUAUUAUACGCCACGACCACCACCAACAACAACAGCACCACAACCCGUAUUAUCAUCCACACCAGCACCUGUUCUACCACCACUGUUGUUAAUCCAACAACAACAUCCUGAUCCAUUUGUUGACGUUAAAAACGAUACCCGAUGCACUGAAGAUAAACGCCAACUCAACGCCUUGGAACGCCAGCUGCAGCUUUAA